AUGGCCAAUCCCUUACCGAAAGAUAGUGGAUACUAUGAAUGGCAUUCAUUUCCAAAAGUGAUGCUUGAAGAUAGCUCUUUUAUGACGAAUCUUGCAUCUAAUACUUGCACAUCGGACACACCUAUGGACUUGUCUGAGCAGCUUAUUGACAAGAUGUCUUCGCAACUGUCUCUUAGCAAUGGUUUUUCCCAUCCGAAUCAGCUACGAGUGUCAUUGCCUGGGUUCCAGGAUGAAAUUCCUACUGCAGCUGACUCGAUAGCCUCUAAAUCAAGGUAUGAUGGCAGCUGUUUGACAAGGAUUAAUGAGGAAGAUGACGAAAUUGAAAUGAGUCAUGCCGAUUCCGAAAUGGAAGAUUUGGAAGAAUUUGAUUCUGAGAAUGAUAGUGAUGAUAACAGCUACGAUCCUGAAGCCAAUUAUGAGAAUGAUGUUAGCAGUGAUACUGAGAAUGGUGAAGAGUCUGAUGCAGCAAGUGAAACAGGGACUGAAUCGGAUGGCAGCCUAACAAGAUACAUGCUCAACUACGAGAAUAUUGAAGACAGUGAAGAUGAGGAUAGUGAUCUGGAAUUUGAUGCAGAUUGGGAUGAACUAGAGAGUGAUAAUGACAGCAUUCCUUAA